GGGGAGUGGCAUUCUGGUUCUUGUUCCUUUGUCCAAAACGUGUUCUUUCUCUUUGGAAGCUUUUUUGUUCUUGAUGUUCUGAUAUUCACAGAGUGCUUGCCUCGUGUCUGCUGUCAUUCACUGCGCACAGACUCGAGGGCUGUUCUCUGGGUACAGCUCCCAUCAUGUCCUUCAUGAACUUCAGAGGGACGUUUCUGUGAAUUAUUUUGUUGAUCUUUUCUUUUCAUUUUCUUUCUUUAAUGUAUUUGUCAUUUUUCCACACAUUGAAACUUUUAGACUGGUCCUCUGCUUUUUCUUUCCUCUUUUUAUGUAUUUUUUGCUGAUCUUUUGAGCUUCAUUUUUCAAGUCUUUUGUUUCAUUUCUGUUUUCUACCGUAUUUUCUUCUGAGAGGGCUUUUGGUUUUUGGGCUUUUUUCUUUUUUUUAAAUUCGCAUCUGCUGUAUGGGUGGUAGCUUAACAGCAAGGAAAGAUUUCUCUGAGAAUAUUUUAAUUUUUUUAGGUUCUCUUUUUCCUAGAUACUCUACAUUCUCCAAUUUUCUCUCCCCAGUUUUCAGGGUCCCUGACCCUUCUCAAGAGUCUGGUGACUCAAUUUUCCAAGGUCGCUUUGGGAAUCCUGUGUACCCCGGGGUCUUGUUUCUGUGGGCUCUAGGCAGAGUAACCUGGCCAGGCUGUUCCACUGGGGGUCCCUUAUGAUAGCCUGUCAGGUCUGCUCACACUCUGGAGAGAACGUGUCAUUUGCUGGUGCUCCAGCUGGAUUGGGGAAGUGAGUUGGAGGCCGGCCUGGAUUUAAAUUUCCUCUUUUCAGUGCAACAUCACUGCUUUCAGCUGUGCCUUGAACCCCUCCCCGCCCCCCCCAUGUAAAAACCCUACUUUUUACUCUUUCUAAGAUUUGCAGUUUUCUGCUGAAUCUAAGUAGAUUUCAUCUGUGAGGGGUGGGGAGUGGGUAUGACAUCUCUCUGAACCAAAAAAAGGUUUUCCUGGCAUUCUGUUUUUAGACUUCCCUUCACUCAUAUUAUCUGACGUACUCGGUCCCAGCAAUCCCUAAGAUUUUGUGGGGUUAUACAGAAAAAAUUGGGUAACACUUGGCUUUCCCACUGUUGACUUAGGAUUCAACUUUCUUUGAUCUUUACCACUUGUCCAUCUGCUUUCUGAGUUCCAGCCUUUUCUCACAUUCUCUUUUUCUUGGUGGUUUAUGUUUUUUCCUUUUAACUGUAGUUUUAAUGAGAUUUGGGGUGAGAGUUGAGGCUGCUUUAAGCCUUUCCUGACCAAGAACUCUCAGGUGCCGACCAUUACAGUUUCAGCCAUCAAAAUCUCACAAGAAGGUUUUGAAAAAAAUGUUGAAAUUUCUGGCUAAAGGGGAAAUUUCGAGAGGAAAUUGUGAGGACGAGCCCAUGGAGCCCACUGCUGAAGACGCUGUUGCUGGUGACUUUGCAUUAAUAAAUAAAUUGGAUAUACAGUGUGACCUAAAAACACUCAGCGAUGACCUCAAAGAGAGCUUACAGAGUGAAGAGAAGAAGAAAGGCAAAAGCUCCAAGAAGGAAGAAUCUAAUGAGUUAAUUCAGUCAGAAGAUAUAAAAGAGAAAUUGGGCUCUGGCGAACCAUCACCUUCAGUUAAAGUGCAUGCAGUCCCUAAGCCAGGCAAAGGGGCGGAUUUGAGUAAGCCUCCAUGUCGGAAAGCAAAGGAAAUCCGGAAAGAAAGGAAAAGGUUAAAACUCAUGCAGCAGAAUCCAGGCGGAGGACCAGAGGAUUGCCAGGCUCAGCGAGGACCACCACCUUUGUGCCCACCAAAGGCUAAAUCCAAUCAGCCCAAAUCGCUUGAAGAUUUAAUUUUUGAAUCUUUACCAGUGAAUGCAUCGCACAAGUUAGAGGUGAGGGUGGUGAGAUCAUCUCCACCAAGUUCUCAGUUCAAAGCCACGUUUCAGGAGUCUUUCCAGGUCUAUAAACGUUACCAGAUGGUUGUUCACAAGGACCCACCUGAUAAGCCAACUGUGAGCCAGGUGAGGUUAGUACCUGUCUCCUUUGAGGACCCAGAGUUCAAGUCGUCCUUCAGCCAGUCAUUUUCUUUAUAUGUCAAGUAUCAAAUGGCCAUACACCAGGAUCCGCCUGAUGAAUGUGGGAAGACUGAGUUCACAAGAUUCCUUUGCAGUUCACCUUUGGAGGCAGAGAAUCCUGCUAACGGGCCAGAUUGUGGUUAUGGCUCCUUUCACCAGCAGUACUGGCUUGACGGGAAGAUCAUUGCCGUGGGGGUGAUCGACAUCCUCCCCUACUGCGUGUCGUCUGUGUAUUUGUACUACGAUCCCGAUUAUUCAUUUCUGUCCUUGGGUGUCUACUCUGCACUACGAGAAAUUGCUUUUACGAGGCAACUUCAUGAGGAGGCAUCUCAGCUCAGCUAUUAUUACAUGGGUUUCUACAUUCAUUCAUGUCCCAAGAUGAAAUACAAGGGUCAGUAUAGACCGUCUGACUUGUUGUGUCCUGAGACAUACGUCUGGGUGCCCAUCGAGCAGUGCCUGCCGUCGCUGGAGAAUUCCAAGUACUGCCGUUUCAACCAGGACCCAGAGGCAGUGGAUGAAGGCCGCAGCCAGGAGCCCGACCGACUGCAGGUGUUUCACAAGAAAGCUGUCCUGCCCUACGGGGUUUACAAGAAGCAGCAGAAUGACCCCAGCGAGGAGGCAUCCGUGCUGCAGUACGCCAGCCUGGUGGGGCAGGCGUGUUCCGAGAGGAUGCUGCUCUUCAGGAACUGAGGCCCCGCGCCGCCCACAGAGGAGACUGUCUUAUUUUGGCUAUUAGAUGGCUUUUCUAAAAUAUUUUGUGGCAAUGUACUUGUGAGAAUCUCAUGGUUACUAUAAAGAUUUUUUUAAAUGUUCUGACCUGGCCUCUGAACUGGGGCUUAGCGUUUUGGAUGUUUGUUUUAUGAACAAGGUGUGGUCAACUCUUACUGUUAGUGUUUUGGAAUGUGAAUCAGUGAGUCCCGAGUAAUCUAAAUGACAGUCAUGCGUCUCUCUUCUGUUAGAGAAAUUAAGCAGCUGUUUCCUCAGACCCGCUUAAACCCGCGGCAGGGUGGGGAAGGUGGGCGUCUGCUUCGUCACUUAGAAAACGUCUUGAAAACAAAACUGUGACUCCGUGUUCAGCGGUAAAUUAUUCAGGUGUGGCCUGCCCCUCGCAGAGUUACUGCCAGCGCCCCCUUGACUCUCAGCGUACCCCAGUUCGGACAGGGAAACAUGUUUGCGCUGCUCACAUAUUCCAUUGUUUGCUCUGGCUCUAAAAACUCGUAAGAAAUGGAGUUUAUUAAGGAAAACGUGGGCCCCUGCCUCGACCUGAGUCCUUUCAAAAGUCUUUCAGGCCCCAGAACUCGGGACACCGGCUUUGUCCCUGAGUGAAGCUGGUGCACACGGGCGGCUUUCCGUGCCGUGCGCUGGACAAGGAGGAAUCCCUUAGACCUCCGCGUGGCGGGGUGCGAGGUGAAGCCAUCCCCCUUCUCGCCCUUGCUUUGGGAGCCGAGAGAGAAGCUGCUCUUCGUGAUCUGAAGCAGAGCGAGCCCCGCCUCCCUCUCACUUCCUCUGGUUGCUUCUCUGGCCGUCCAGCCAGCACCCCUUGUCCAGCCACGUCAGGUGGCAGGCGGGCGGGAGGGGCAGCCACAUGUGCUUUGUCAUGGUUGCUGCGGCAGCUGCCGUGGGAGGGGGUGAGGCGUGUCUGCUUGUGCCCCUUCUCAGCCGAGCCCCGUCUUCUGCUGCCAGCUGCCUGGCCACCGAGCCUCUUUUGGUUCCUAUUUUUCUAUUGAUUGAUCAUUUAAAAAAAAACUAUUAAUUUAGUAGUUUGAAUUCCACUGCUGAUUUUAAACUUUUCUCCUACAUGCCCUUCCUAAAUUUACCUGAAGCAUGAGGAAAUCUCUUCUGCUAGCGAGAGUAGCAGGAAUGCGCAGAGAACAAUGAUUUUAAAGAUCAAAUGUCCAGAAAUUAGAAAUCCAAACAAACUAAUUUUUCAUCAUGUACGUAACAGCUGCCAUGUGCGGGUGCUUUGCUACGGAGCGAGCAAAGGCAUUUUCUCUAGUAGCAUGGACUUUCCAUUCUUCUGGAGUUUUAUCCUUCAAAUAGUCUCCUGAGAGCAUUUGAUACUCUUAUUUGGAACUCCUCCAGAAUCUGCAGACCCCUUUUCUUUCUUUUCCCUCUAAAGUGAAGAUAAUUUUUUUAAAUGAUUACAAAAAUGAUACUCACUGUAAGCAAUUAAAACAUUAGAAGUGUAAAUAAGAAAGUUAGAGUAAUCUGAAGUCUGAAGACAUCGACCAUAUCAGAGAAAGAAUUGUUUUACCCACACACAUUUUCAUAUAAAGAGCAUGCGAUUCUACAUGCUGUUUUGUUCUCAACAUAGUUACGGACAUAUCUGAAAUUUGAAAGAAAUGUCACAGAGGCAUUUCAGAAGUGUUAGGAAUCCCAGAAUUACUCAAGUAGUGGGUGGGCAGCAUCAGCAUUGGGUACCUUGGCAUUUUGAAGUCCAAGCGGACGUCCCUGCUCUGUCCCCUCCCAUCUCAGCGAUGAGCAUGUAGAAGAGGGUCCACAAGGAGCACAACUCUUGAGUAAAGAUGAAGCGGAAACUUAACCUUUCCAUCUCGCCACAACCUUGGUUUCCUCCUGUAGGAUUCAGUGAACGGUUCCUUCAGAGGAAAACACCCAGCCCUCCGGGACCCUGGCUGUCCCCGCGGUGGCAUCCUAGCCCGGCCCCCUUCCAGCAGGCUGCGGAGUAGAGGGCAUCAAAGGGCUCCUCCUCCUUACUGUGUUCACACUCGCUCCUUGCUGGAGGUUGGGGAGUGAGAUGUCCCCAGCGAUGAUUAUCUGCUCUUGGGGCCCUGCCCCUGUGACUGUUGAUAAGGGGCUGGAAAAGGACAGUCAAGGAAAGAGAUGUAACGUUGUUGUCAGUUAACAAAGCAAACCAGCUGGGAAAUGUGACUUUAUGUUAGUAACUUAGAUCUAAAGACGAGAGAACCCUUCAAAGACGGUUUCUGUCUUUCCGAGCCUGGUUGUUUUGCAUGUACGAUUUUAGUGUGAAUAGUUCCUUUCUGAUUUUAAAUGAAUUCACACCUAGUGGUCUGUCUUGGUGCAGAGAUGUAGUAGUCAUUCCCCAUGCUACCAUCUUUAAAUUAUUUCAUUUCUGUGAGAUUUUCAUUAUCUUAUUUUUUUAAAUAUAAUCUGAGCACUUUUUUAUAUUCUGAAAGAUAGAGGCUAUUAUCAGAUUAAAUAUAUUAUUCAUUUGAUUUAAAUUAUUUAGAUACAAAACUACGACUGUUUGCUUUCAAACAGCUUAUCCUAUUUUUCAUCCAUUUUGCAAAAUACCAGUUGUGUGUGAUUUCUUAACACAUCGGACUCUAUUAUGUAAAUGAACCCUUUCAGAUUUCUACAGUAUGUGGUUUGAUUUUAUUGGCUUUAUAUUACUUUAGUAUGAAUAAAGAUGAGAAACAGUAUAAUGUCCAGUUAUCUGAAAAUGUAUCUUCCUGCCGCUAACUGUAAGAAAAAAAGAAAUGAAAUGGGAACAUUUGGGAAAUGCUUAAAUUAGAAGUUAUUCAAGUGUGUAUUCUUUCCCAAAAGAAAAUCAGUAGCUAUAAGGCAAAACCAGUUUGGUUGCAUGUGGUCUCUGUUGCUCUUGUAAAUGCUUUUGGAACAGUCCAUUUGAUAAAGCUUGAAUGGAAAAAAAAAAAAAUAAAGCUGUUUCCAUCUGCAGUGGCUCUUCUGGUCCAUGCUUACGUCAGAUGUUUUCGUCUUUUAAAUUCUCGAAUACAUUUUACCUGUAGUGACUGUGGGGAAGACAGAAGGGAAGCACUGGCUCUAGAAAUCAUCAUCAUUUAAUUUUUAGAAAUUGGUUUUUGGUUGUUGUUGGAGGUUUUGUUUGAGAACAGAGAGUAUUGUGAUCCUCAUGCGCAAAGCAUCUUCAAAAGACACUUUGGAUCCCCAUUCCAUGGCCGCCUACGUCGGAGCACGCGGGCUGCCUUUCUCAGGAGCGAAUACAAGUAAAUCCGUCUCAGAGCAAAACGUCUAGAUUUGCCCAAGAUAAAUUAGGGAAUGGACGUUCUUUCAAAGAGUUUCAAAAUAAACCUUAAGUAGUAAGUGCAAAUAAAUUUUUCUUUGAAAUUUAAGUUGACAAAUUUCCAUCCACAUCUCACAAAGCAGAGUGUGCUUUCAGCGUUCGUAAUAGUCACAGUGUGUUUAUGGAAUAUGUUUACAAGUGUGCUUGUAGGGUUACGAUAAAAUAAAUCCUAGUUUCCAAGUGACUUAAAUAUUAGUUUUAAUGUCCACUGGUACUUCUUUCCAGAAUGGAAAUAGCUUUGUUGUUUCUCGUAAUUGCAACUGGACAGUGUUUGCCAAAGAACAUUUAGACUUUAUAAAGUAUACUGAAGAAAAUAAAAAAUCACUUUUAAUUCCAUUACUACUACCACUAUGCUUUGGGAUAGAUCCUUUCCACUUUUUUCUAGCUACAUCUAUGUAUAUGUUUUGUUUAUUUUUAAAUAAAAAUGGAA